GGGAAGCGGUCGGGGCUGCACAGAGGGAUCGGCGGGGCCGGCUCCCGGGGCCGGCCGGCUGGCGGAGGGAGGGAAGGAGGCGGGCGGGCGCGAUCGGAGCCAGGGGCGCACGUACGCCCCAGCGCUGGGAUUUCUCGGCUCGCGAGCAGAGCGGAGCAGGCGCGCGGCCCAGCGGAGGAGCGCGGACUCUGGAGCAGCCGGAGCUGGAGGAGGAGGAGGAGGAGAGGCGGCGGGGAAGGAGGAGGAGGGGGAGAGUCGCUCCCGCCCGGCGAGCAUGGGGCGCCUGGCGCCGAGGCCGCUGCUGCUGGCGCUCCUGUCGCUGGCUCUCUGUCAUGGGCGUGUGGUGAAAGUCCCCGCAGGGACCUUGGUCCGCGUGGUGGGCACUGAGCUCGUCAUCCCCUGCAACGUCAGUGACUACGAUGGCCCCAGCGAGCAAAACUUUGACUGGACUUUCUCAUCUUCGGGGAGCAGCUUCGUGGAGCUGGCAAGCACCUGGGAAGUGGGCUUCCCAGCACAGCUGUACCGGGAGCGGCUGCAGAGGGGCGAGAUCCUGUUGAGGCGAACUGCCAACGACGCUGUGGAGCUCCACAUAAAGAACGUGCAGCCCUCAGACCAAGGCCACUACAAGUGCUCCACCCCCAGCACAGAUGCCACCGUCCAGGGCAACUAUGAGGACACAGUGCAGGUUAAAGUGCUGGCCGAUGCCCUGCACGUGGUACCCGGCGUGCGGCCCCCACCCAGCCUCAGCCUGCGGGAGGGCGAGCCCUUUGAGCUGCGCUGCGUGACGUCCACUGCCUCCCCGCUGCACACGCACCUGGCGCUGCUGUGGGAGCUGCACCGGGGCCCCGUGCACCGCCCGGUCGUUGCACUCACCCACCAGGGCAGGUUCCACCCGGGCCCAGGCUACGAGCAGCGCUACCACAGUGGGGACGUGCGCCUGGACACCGUGGGCAGUGAUGCCUACCGCCUGUCUGUGUCCCGGGCACUGUCCGCUGACCAGGGUUCCUACAAGUGUGUCAUCAGCGAGUGGAUCGCCGAGCAGGGCAACUGGCAAGAAAUCCAAGAAAAAGCCGUGGAAGUUGCUACCGUGGUGAUCCAGCCAACAGUUCUGCGAGCAGCUGUGGCCAGGAAUGUGUCCGUGGCCGAAGGAAAGGAACUGGACCUGUCUUGUAACAUCACAACAGACCGCGUGGAUGACGUCCGGCCCGAGGUGACGUGGUACUUCAGCAGGACACCUGACAGCACCGUGCCUGCCUCGCACGUGUUGGCCCGGCUAGACCGAGACUCCCUGGUGCACAGCUCUCCCCACAUUGCUCUGAGUCACAUGGACGCACGCUCCUACCAUUUACUGGUUCGGGAUGUUAGCAAAGAAAACUCCGGAUACUAUUUCUGCCACGUGGCACUGUGGACUCCUGGGCACAACAGGAGCUGGUAUAAGGUGGCAGAGGCCACUUCUGCCCCAGCCAGCGUGGGUGUGACCUGGCUAGAACCAAACUACCAGGUGUACCUGAAUGCUUCUAGGGUCCCUGAAUUUUCAGAUGAUCCCACAGCACUGGAGUGCAGGGUGGUGGACAUGAAGAGCGUGGAGGCGAGUGUCCGCUUCACAGUGUCGUGGUACUAUAGAGUGCAUCGGCGUAGUGACGAUGUGGUGCCCAAUGAGCUUCUUGCGGUCAUGGACGGGGACUGGACGCUGAGGUAUGGAGAGAGGAGCAAGCACCGGGCCCAGGAUGGAGAGUUUAUUUUUUCUAAGGAGCACAUGGACACGUUCAAUUUCCGGAUCCAAAGGACUACAGAGGAAGACAGGGGCAAUUAUUUCUGUGUUGUGUCUGCCUGGACCAGGCAGCAGAACAACAGCUGGGUGAAGAGCAAGGAUGUCUUCUCCAAACCUGUCAGCAUUUUCUGGCCAUCGGAAGAUUCUGUGCUGGUGGUGAAGGCGAGGCAGCCAAAGCCAUUCUUUGCUGCAGGGAAUACAUUUGAGAUGACUUGCAAAGUAUCUUCCAAGAACAUCAAGUCGCCACGCUACUCUGUUCUCAUCACGGCUGAGAAGCCCGUUGGGGACCUCUCCAGUCCCAACGAAACCAAGUACAUCAUCUCCCUGGACCAGGACUCUGUGGUAAAGCUGGAGAACUGGACAGAUGCAUCACGAGUGGAUGGCGUUGUGUUAGAGAAAGUACAGGAGGAUGAAUUCCGCUACCGAAUGUACCAAACUCAGGUCUCAGAUGCAGGGCUGUACCGCUGCAUGGUGACAGCCUGGUCUCCUGUUGGGGGUAGCCUGUGGCGAGAAGCAGCAACUAGUCUCUCCAAUCCUAUUGAGAUAGACUUUCAAACCUCAGGUCCCAUAUUUAAUGCCUCUGUGCAUUCAGACACACCAUCAGUCAUCAGGGGAGAUCUGAUCAAACUGUUCUGUAUCGUCACUGUCGAAGGAGCGGUGCUGGAUCCAGAUGACAUGGCCUUUGAUGUGUCCUGGUUUGCGGUACACUCCUUUGGCUUAGACAAGGCUCCUGUGCUCCUGUCCUCCCUGGAUCGAAAGGGAAUAGUCACAACAGCCCAGAGGGACUGGAAGAGCAACCUCAGCCUGGAGCGCCUGAGUGUGCUGGAAUUCUUGCUUCAAGUGCAUGGUUCUGAGGACCAGGACUUUGGCAACUACUACUGUUCCGUGACUCCAUGGGUGAAGUCGCCAACAGGUUCCUGGCAGAAGGAGGCAGAGAUUCACUCCAAGCCCAUCUUUAUAACUGUGAAGAUGGAUGUGCUGAACGCCUUCAAGUACCCGCUGCUGAUCGGCGUGGGGCUGUCCACUGUCAUUGGGCUCCUGUCCUGCCUCAUCGGGUACUGCAGCGCCCACUGGUGCUGCAAGAAGGAAGUGCAGGAGACACGCAGGGAGCGUCGCAGACUCAUGUCCAUGGAGAUGGACUAGACGGCCACUGGGGGUGGCCGACAGAGGGAUGUUCUAGGAACGGUGGGGGUGAGAAGAGGACAGUGAUGUUUUUAAGCGAAGUGUGUCACACUACAACCAGUCCUCUCUAAUCUCAGGUGGGACUCGGCGCUCUUUCUUUUCUGCAUGUCAAGGUCCGAGCGCGGAUAUGUUUACCAGCACACAGCUCUUCUUCCCACGGCACUUUCUGAUCUGUAACGAUCGAGUGUGUGUUUCUCAACUGCAGCUUUUUAGCGGUUAACCUUUGUCUCAUUUUUGUUUUUUUCCUCCUACCAGCUUAUAGAUCCUCCGACUUGUGUGUGUCAGUCGCUUUGGUUUUGAGGGGUUACAGUGAGGAAGGACAAUGGCUUUCAGAGUUCUUUAUGGUGGGUGCAGAUGUGCCUGCCCCGGAGAGCCAGCACCCACGCUGGGGUCUGGGGGUAGGAGAGAUGCUGACUGUGCCCUUCCAUCCCAGCCUCCAGAAGACACAGAUCUGACAGAUCUGUGCCAAAGGCUAAUUUGUGGCUUUUACUUACCCUGCCCCAUCCCCUAUUUUCAGGGGUUUUGACUACACUUAAAAUCUCAACUUGGAGUAUGUAACAUCUCCUUGAAUCCAGAUGAGUUGUUUUAUCUUUUAUUUUUUUUUUCUCUGCCCCUCUUCCAUUUCUUCUGUAUUCAUUUCUGUGAGAGUGAGGGAGUGGCAACCCUGGAGUCUGGAAUUUGGCUUUCCACCAAGCACCUUAUCUUGCCACCUUAGCCUUAAGAAUGAAUAUGAAUUAAAAUACAGUGCCACCUGUCCAAGACCAUAAGGAUGUCUGUAAGGAAGAGGUUGGGGGCAAGGAAAGGAACAGGCACUCUCUGACAGUUGCAAGGUCACCGGGUCUCAGCGGGGAGACCCUGGGGAGAACACACUGGGAUCCUGGGGCACCAGGUUUUUGCAGCCUAACUUGGGAGAGCUAAUGCAUCCAGGGCCAUAUUUUGCUGAAGAAGUCCCUCUGUCUCUGCCACGCCCCGCUUGCUGCCCCUUUCAAGAGGCAAAGGCUUUGGCUACCAAGGGACUUACAGGGAAUGCACAGAGAAGCUGUGUCCUUCACGUGCCACUUGGGCUUCUUCACAUGAAGGCACAUUGCUGCUUAGAAGACUGACUGACUCCAAGGAAUCAAAAAUUGCCCAGAGGAACCGUGUGCUUUCUAUGACCUUCUCAGUCCUUCAUGCCUUUUUCAGCUUCCCCACAGGGGGUUAGUGAAGAAGGGUACACUUUGUGGAAUGGUUACUUUCCUAUUAAGAACACGAAGGAAACCCAGCAAUUUACUGUCACGUGAACAGCCUGUAAAAUAGGGUUGAGAGGGGUCCUCUUUGCCUGACUGCUCCCAUCAGGAAUAGGACAAUGGGCAGAAAGAGAUCCGCCCAGCU